UAUAUAUAAGAGACCAAUAACCAGUUACUUCAGUACCUUCACCCUUCAACAAACCUUUCCUAUUUGCUACACACAUAACUGAACUGUGCCUUUCUAUGGCUUCCAAGCUCUUAUCGGCUGGCUCCUUUUCAUCCUCUUCCUUGUUAACCGAAUGUACCUAUCAUGUCUUUCUAAGCUUCAGAGGAGCAGAUACUCGCAAAACCUUUUUAGGUCAUCUUUAUAAUGCCUUAGUCCAAGCAGGAAUCCAUACGUUUAAAGACGAUGAAGAACUUCCUCCUGGAGCAGAAAUCUCCCAGCAACUCAAGAAGGCAAUUCAAGAAUCAAAAAUUUCGAUAGUGGUCUUCUCCAGAGACUAUGCUUCAUCUAGAUGGUGUCUCAAUGAACUCGUUGAGAUUCUUGAGUGCAGAAAUACAAAGGGAAGAACUGUUUUUCCUAUAUUCUGUGGUGUUGAUCCUUCACAUGUUCGUAAACAAGAAGGGAGUUUCAAAAAAGCUUUUAAGGCAUAUGAAAAUAAAGAAGAAAAGGAGAAGAUCGACAAGUGGAAAAACGCUCUUAAGGAUGCUGCCAACCUCUCCGGGAAAGAUAUCUAUAGUACCGCAAAUGGGGAUGAAUCAGUACUUAUCAAAAAGAUCGUCAAAGAUGUGUUGAACAAAUUGGAUAUCAAAAACUUAAACAUACCAAAAUACCUAGUAGGUAUUGAUUCUUGUGUCAAUAAUAUUAUCAAGUCUCUUAAUGCCUCAGAUGAUGUUAGCAUGGUAGGCAUACGUGGGAUGCCAGGAAUGGGGAAGACAACCAUAGCUAAAGUUGUGUACCAAAAACUCUUUCAAAAAUUCGAUGGAAGUUGUUUUCUCUUUGAUGUCAACGAAAAAUCAAAAGGUCCUGACAGCAAGGUUGAGUUACAAAAACAACUUAUACGUGAAACUUUGGGAGUAAAUAUCUUGAAGAGAAAGAAAAUUAGUGAUGUUGAUUCAGGAAUUUCUUUGAUUAAAGAUUUACUUAGUAACAAAAAAAUUCUUCUAGUUCUUGAUGGCAUGGACCAACCGCAACAAUUAGAUACUUUUGGGGGUCGAAGUGUGUUUGGUAAGGGUAGUAAAAUUGUCAUCACCACUACAAAUGAAAAAUUGCUUGCUCAACUUAAAGUUGACAAAAAGCAUUCGGUUGAAGAAUGGGAUGAAGAGAUGUGCCUUGACCUAUUCAAUUUCCAUGCUUUUGAGGGAAAAACUCCGGAAGAAGAAUGGGCGGAGCUUUCAAAAGUUGUGGUUGAGCAAAGUGGAAAACUUCCUUCAGCUCUCGUAGUUUUGGGGAAUCGUUUUUCUCAAAUAAGUGAACGUGAUGAAUGGGAAAAGGAAAUUUAUGAAUUGCGUAAAUUUCCUGAUCAAAUCCAUUCCAAGCUUAAAGGAAGUUAUGACUCACUAGAAGAUGAUCUGAAGAGUAUAUUUCUUGAUAUUGCGUGUUUUUUUGUUGGAGAAGAUGUAGAUUUUGUAGCUUCAAUACUUGGAGGUCGUUAUCGUUAUUGCAAUAAUCUUAGAAGCCGAAUCGAAACUCUGGAAGAAAGGUCUCUCAUAACAAUUGAUUUCGACGAUACCAUAAUGAUGAAUGAUCUGGUACAGAAAAUGGGAAGGGAGAUUGUUCGUCAAACUUCACAUAAAUAUCCUGGAAAACACAGCAGAAUCUGGGAUCACGAGGAUGCAUUGGAUGUGCUCAUCAACCACAUGGGCACAGAAUCUGUGGAGGGUCUCACCCUUGAUGAAUUUGAUGAGGACAUCAUGCAAACUGGAACAGAAGAUGAGGAGGGUCUGGGAACAGAGGAUGAGAAGGGUCUGGGAACAGAGGAUGAGGAGGAUCGCACCCUUGAUGUGCAAGCAUCAAAAUUCUUAACUCUGAGGACAGAAUACUUUAAAGAGAUGAGAUUUUUACAAUUACUUCGGAUUGAUGCCGUGCAUCUUACUGGGUCCUUCAAAAUUUUUCCCAAAGGGUUGAUAUGGCUUUCUUGGAAAGGAUUUACUUUAAAUUCUUUACCACUGGAUUUUCAUCUAGACAACCUCAUUGUUCUUGAACUGCAAUACAGUUAUAACAUCAAAGAAUUGAAGGUUCUGAACAAGCUAAAAACCCUCAACCUCAGCUAUUCCAAGUUUACUAAAACACCAAAUUUGCUAGGUCUCCCAUGUUUAGAGGAAUUAAUACUUGAAGAUUGUGAGAGAUUAGUUGAAGUGCAUGAAUCUAUUUGCCUAUUGAAGAGACUUGUUUCCUUGAAUUUGAACCAAUGUUCGAGACUUAAAUCGCUUCCUUCUGGCAUUAGUGGGCUUUUGAAGCUGGAGAGUUUGCUGGUUGAGGACUGCACAGAUCUUCAAUCGAUCUCAGAGCUUCCCUCGAGUUUAGAGACAUUGGAUGCGGACGGCUGUGAGAAAUUAACAGAGAUUCAGGGCAUUGAAGAUGUUUCUGACUGUGACUUUUCUUUAUUGGGCAGCAACAGUUUGUCAAAAGAAUUUAAGAAGAGUCUUGCUGAGGCAUUGUGCAAGCGUUAUGAGUAUUCGAUUUGCUUGGAUGGUGGUUCUGUACCAGAAUGGUUCAUCAGCAAUCCUGAAGAAGGUUAUUCGUUAUCAUUUCAGGCACCCCCAUCUGCAGAUUCGGAUGGUAAAGUCCGACUGGUUAUUUGGGUUGUCUGUGCUUGCGAGAUUGAAUCCACAGAGUGUGAGCUUGGUAUCAAAAUCUCAACAGAUGGUUUUCGGUUGCUUGAAGAUUCCAUAUCUCCUAAGAGCGAUAACUGUUCGUGGAUAAAGUAUGUAGUGCUGGAAGGUAUAGAAGCUGGAGAUCAAUUGGAAAUGUCUAUGGAAAUAAUAGAGGGUGACAAUAUUGUACAAGAGCUUGGGUUCUAUCUGAUUGAAGAGAAGCCAAAUGUUGGAGAGGAGGACAAUAGGGAAAGCCGAGAAAGUGCACCCAAGGGAAAGCCAAAUGUUGAUAAGCGGAAUGACAGGCGAGCAAUAGCAUAUUCCUCUAUUGAUGAUGAAGAGGAUGGGAGUGACAGCCACACGGUAGCUUCCACUAUUGAUGAUAAAGAGGAGGACAGUGACGUCCAGGAAACAUUCCCGGAAGAGCUGUAUGUUGAGGAAAGCGAUGACAGCGAAGCCACAUCCUCUAUCGAUGAUGAAGAGGAGAAUGGAAGUGACGGCCAAGAAACAGCCAAAGAAAAGCCAAAUGUUAAGAGGUGGGAUUACAGGCGAAGAAUAGCAUCCUCUAUUGACGAUGAAGAGGAAGAUGGCAACGACGACCGAGAAACAGCCCACGGAAAACCGGAUGUUGAAGAGGAGGAUGAAGAUGGCAAAGGCAGUAACAAUCAAGAAACAACAUUGCAUAUUUAUAAUGAGCGGUGGAAUAAUUAUUUAAGAAAGGAGUUGCCAAAAUGGGAUAUCUUGGAAUUUUCUGUAUGCAGCGAAGACACAGCAUCCAUGAAUGAUGAUGAAGACUGGGAUGAUGAUGACAGCGACAGCGACGGCGACAGCGACAGCGAUAGCGAAGGAAGGUCAUCAGUAACUUCUGAUGACUGAUAUUGAUGAUAUUGGAGAUGCUAGAAUGGGAUAUAUUCCCUGUGGAAAUGCAUUAUCCUGGAUUCAUGGAAUAAGGCUUCUAUGAAGCAAAAUUGUGCAAAUAGCAACUUUGCACGGCUUCUUCAUCCAUUACUUCAAUGUAACUUUCAGUUGAGAUGAGCACGUUCAUAGUCGA